AAGUAAUACUCUUAAUUAAUAAUCAACUUGAUUUUAAUGAUAGCCAAUACAAAUCAAAAUUUAAUUAAUUAUUAUCCUGCUUAGGAUUAGCUUGUCUAAUCAACUUAAUAUUUUUUAAAUAUAAGAACAACAUACAAAAAUUUAUUAAAAUAUAUAAAAACAGAUCUAAAAAUGGGUAAUUAGCAAGAUAAAUAAGGGAAAAAAUUCAAAAAUGCGCUUUAGGUAAUUAAAAAAAUGAGCAUAAAAUCAACUAAGAGAUUUGAAGAGCUAUUUUACAAAUGCAACACUGAUGAAAUAUAAUAAGUAAGCCAACCAUUAAAUCUAUCCUAAAAAAUAAAAGAGUAUGUAAAUACUGAAAUCAUUUAAACAUUAACAGAAUUUAAAAAGCAGUAUUCGUUAUAUAGAGAAGUCCGUGGAGAUGGUAAUUGCUUUUAUAGAUCUGUUUUUUACUUAUAUAUUGAGCACCUGAUAGUAAUCAAUUAAAGCAACCCUAAAGAAGCAGAAAAAAGAUUAGAUCAAUUAAUUUAGAUUUCUGCUGAAUUAGAUAAGUUCAUUAUUACCUCCUCUAUACCUUUAGAAUUAGAAAAAUUUUUAUAUCAUGCUAGUAAAUUUUUUUAGUGCGGCAUUUAUUCUAUACAAUUAGACAUCAUAAAUAACCCUAAGCUAUUAAAUGUUGAUUAAAAGAUAUUGCAUCUGCAAAAUUUUAUUAACACAUACCCUAUUUUUGAUUUUUCUACUAUUCUUUUGAUGAGAAAGGUAGCUCUUCUAGGAUACGAAAAAUUCUAAUAACAAAUGCAACACUUUUAUUUAGGAAAUGAAAUAUAAACGAUUAAAGAUUAUUCGAUAGAGGGAUAAAACUGCAUAAUGAAAUUGAUCAGUGAGUAUUUAUAAAUACCUAUCUAAAUUGAAAAUGUCUAAGCAAAAUUUGUAAAUACAAUUUAGUUUAUUCCUGAAUUUACAGUAAAGGAUGAAAAUUUUGUUGAGUUUCCUACUUUACAUCUAUUUUUUAGACCAGGUCACUAUGAUAUUUGCUAUCCUAUAGAUUAUGCUAAUAAGAUUUACUCAAAGCCAAAUAUGCAAAAGUCAGAAAGAAUAAUAAUAAAAUAAUAGUAAAAGCUUGAGAGUUAAACUCCUAAGACAGGAAAAAAUUUUAGUUUUGAUUAUACAUUAAAAGAUAAUUGCUUCUUUUGUAAAUAAAAUAUUUUUAUGCUAAUUAAUGAAAUGAGAAUAUGCUAAUAAUGCUAUAAUCAAAAAAUAGGCCAAGGUGAAUUAAAUAAUUCAUGUAAAAUAUGCUAAAAAUCUAACCAAGAAGAAACUACUCGACCCUAUUGCCUUUGUGAGUAAUGUGAAGAAGAAUAUUUAGAUUUUUCAAAUAAGACUAUAAAUUUUAUAAUAGCUAGUUGUAAUUAAACAACACCUGAAAAUUCUAAUUUAAAUAUAUAAGAAUAAAAUAAAUAAAAUUCUUCAAAAAUAAUAUAGUUAUCAAAUUCUUUGGAGGAAGAACAAUUUUAAUCUCUAACUGAAGAUACUACAACACUUUAAAGUAAUCAGAAUAUAUAAAAUAAAAACAAUUUUACAAGUAAUUUGUUAUUAUCAUAUGAAUUCAUAAAUCAUACUAAAACUCCAAAUGGUUUAGAAUAAAAUUAAUAGUUAAGCUAACUUCCAGAAAAUAAUACCAAUUCAGACUAAUAACCUUAGUAACAAUAAAUUAUUUUUUUAAAUGAUAGCAACAACUUAUAAAAACCACAAAAUUAUUAUUCAAAUGACGUAUUAAAUUGCACUAAAAAUGAAGGAAGAAAGAAUACUUUAAUUGAUGAAAAUAUUUUAUUAAUGAAUUCAUAUAUUUAAGAAAAAGAUUUGUAUAUAAAUUAAACUACUUCUAAGUGCAUCAGAUGUGUGCUUUGUCUUAAUUAAAUUAAAGAAUUCAAAGUAAACAAUUGCAAAAGACAUAUCAUUUGUACAUAUUGUUCAGAAAAUUAACAAAAUUUAAAUUAAUUAUGCUAUUGUAGCUAACAAAAUCCUAAUCAACCUAUAUAAUAAUAGAAUUUAUAACAAUAAUAAUAUUAAUAAGUUUCAUUAUGA